AUGACAUCAGUAUUAAAGAAUAAGGAUUUGUUAAAAACACAGGGCUUCAUCAAUAAUACAUGGGUCGACAGCUCCUCAGGAGACACCUUUGAUGUUCAGAAUCCUGCUUUGGAACCUAAGAAGGACGCCUAUUUGGCAACAGUCCAGUCUAUGAGUGCUGAUGAUUUCGAACACGCUAUCGCAGCUGCUAGUGAAGCUUUCAAGACAUUUGGGAAAACCAACGGAAGAUAUAGGUCCAACUUACUAUACAAGUUUUACGAGUUGAUGAUUGAGCACCAGGAUGAUUUAGCGAAAUUGGUUGUGUUGGAAAAUGGUAAGCCUUACGCUGAUGCUUUAGGUGAGGUCAAGUAUGCUGCUUCCUUUUUCCAAUGGUACUCUGAACAAGCACCAACGAUUCAAGGUGACAUUUUACAAUCGGGAAACCCAAACAACAUCAACAUUUUAGCUUUGAAGCAGCCAAUUGGUGUUUGUGGUAUAAUGACACCAUGGAAUUUUCCCUUGGCUAUGAUCACUAGAAAAUUGGGAGCUGCCGUAGCUGCAGGAUGUACCACUGUUAUCAAACCAGCUACCGAGACCCCAUUGUCUGCAUUUGCAUUGGCCCAAUUGAGUAUUGACGCUGGGUUCCCCAAGGGUGUUAUCAACAUAUUGGCAUCGCAUGAACCAGCUAAAGUUGGGAAAUUGAUUUGCGAGCAUCCAACUAUCAAAAAGGUCUCCUUCACUGGGUCUACCAGAGUUGGGAAACUUUUGAUGCAACAAUCGGCAUCUACUUUGAAAAAAGUGUCGCUUGAGUUGGGUGGAAAUGCUCCAUUUAUUGUCUUUGAAGAUGCUGACUUGGACAAAGCCGUCAGCGGUGCCAUUACCAGUAAAUUCAGGUCGAGUGGACAAACUUGUAUCUGUGCAAACAGAAUUUUUGUGCACGAGUCCAUUUAUGAUGAAUUCACAAAGAAGUUUGUCAAGCAAUUGAAGGAGCACAUUGUUUUGGGCAAUGGUUUGGAUAAGGACACAACCUAUGGACCUUUAAUUCACCAAGGUUCCAUGGAAAAAAUCAGAGGCCAACUCAAAGAUGCUUUAGACAAAGGUGCAAAAUUGUUGUUGGGUGGAGAUAAGCGUCCAGACUUGGGAGAAAACUUCCAUGAUCUCACUGUUUUGGGUGAUGUUACCCCAGAUAUGGAAAUUUUCAACGAGGAAACUUUUGGCCCACUUGCUCCAUUCAUCAAGUUCUCGACUGAAGAAGAGGUUCUCAAAUUAGCAAAUGAUACACCUGUUGGGCUCUCUGGGUACUUUUAUUCCAAAGAUUUGGAUAGAGUGUUUAGAGUUGCUGAAGCCUUGGAGGUUGGUAUGAUUGGAGUCAACACUGGUGCAAUUUCAGAAGCUGCAUUGCCAUUUGGUGGGAUCAAGGAGUCUGGAUUUGGAAGAGAAGGUUCCAAGUUUGGGGUACAUGAUUACAUGAUCAUCAAAGGUGUUGUUUUCGGAAAGAAUGAAUAG